AUGGCUUCUCAGCUAAAUGAACCCGUCCCAGUCCAAGUCCCAGCUCAGUCAUCCCUGUCGUUUACACAGGGAUUUCUGCUGGGACAACUCUCCGUCGUGCUACUGAUUGGUGCUUUCAUCAAGUUUUUCAUCUUUGGCGAAGCACCACCUCCACCGUCCCGCGGUCUUUCCCAGCGCUCCACGGCAGCUCGACGUUCGAAUUCGAUCUACAACAUCCCCCCUCAUGAGGAUAGCAGGUCAUUGAGAGAAAAACCAUCGACAUCAAACGUCCUGCGUCCAGUACCAGCAUCCUCGACUAAUACCCGGUCUAUCCUUCGAAAGACAUACUAUAGCGCUAUCCCUACCACUACUCCCAAACAUGGUCGCCACAAGAUGCACCACUCUUCACAUCAACCCGAAUCGUUGGACUGGUUUAAUGUGCUUAUCGCGCAGACUAUUGCUCAAUACAGACAAACAGCCUACCUUCUGAAAGACUCCCCUACGUCAUCGAUUCUCAGCUCACUAAAUGCUGUAAUGAACAAUCCAGAAAAGAAACCAUCAUUUAUAGACAAAAUCAAGGUAACGGAUAUAUCACUGGGAGAGGAAUUCCCGAUCUUCAGCAAUUGUCGCAUCAUUAAUGUCGAUGAUCCUAAUUCGGAUGGUGGGAGACUUCAAGCAUUGUUGGACGUUGAUCUGAGCGAUGACAACCUCUCUAUUGCCAUUGAGACAUCUUUAAUAUUGAACUAUCCCAAGCCUUUCUCUGCAAUCCUCCCGGUCGCUUUAUCCGUGUCAGUCGUCCGCUUCUCGGGAACACUCUGCAUCUCUCUUGUCCCAGCACCCACGCCUCCCCUCGACACUCCAUCCCCGUCACCAUCUCCUCCCAAUGCGAAUGCCGAAGCAAACGCGCGCUCUGCAAACUCAACCGAAGAAACUGAAGCUGGUGCGCCCCCGAAAGCCGGUACCCCGAAGAGCAACGUGGCAUUUUCGUUCCUCCCAGACUACCGGUUGGAUCUUUCCGUGAGAUCACUCAUGGGCUCACGCAGUAGGCUUCAGGAUGUGCCCAAGGUUGCUCAAUUGGUUGAAGCUCGUGUUCAUGCAUGGUUUGAGGAACGGGUUGUCGAGCCUCGAGUCCAAGUGGUGGGACUUCCGGAUCUCUGGCCCCGUAUGGGUAGGACAGGCGUGAGGACCAGCGAUGAGUCCGAAACUGGAUCUAAUGCAGCAUCCCGAACAGCUGGGUCUACUGAUAUGAAUGGUCCUCUUCACGGCGAUGAGGUUGAUCGAGAACCGGAAGGGUUGAGGUUUCGUGGGGGACUAAGUGGGAGACCAGCAUUUGAUACUGAAUCACGAAGCAGCAGUUUCAACGUUGAGCCAGGCAGCUUCCGCGGUCAUGCUAUGGUUCGGGAUGAUAGCACCGGCGGUGCAAGUGACCAGUUUAAUAUUCCUGGUUCUUUACCUGACCGUGUGGCCGCUACCUGA